AUGACGUCCAAUCAAGGUCGCCUGCUGUCAUGUGCUCACCUCUUGCAGCAUUGCUUCUCCAAGCCAAAACGCACCUGGCUGCCCAACAAGCUCUUGCUCAUUCCACCGCGGGAUCAUUCCCGCGGUGAACGGCAGGUCGUCGACCUCACGCUGGACUCCCAUCCUCAUUCCCCUCCCCAUUCCAAUCCCGAUCCCAACUCCGACGGCCCAUCUACCUCGCCAAAUCCUCGACACAUCGCCGAACCCGUCUCCUCUGCCCCCAAUCCAGACCAGCUUCACCAGUCCCCGCCAUCAACGUACACCAUCGACAGCCGUGAACACCCAUCUUCGAGUUCCCAUCCUCGCGCCAGUACCCAUACGAUAGCAUCGAACCAGCCACGCCAGGCCCUCGGCCGGAGACAACGCAGCGAUUCAGACCAGGAACAUACGGACUUGGUCGGAGGUACCCCAAAUCGGAGCUCUCGUUACAAGCGCCACCGGACCGACAUGCCAGCUGAUGACGAUGCUCGUACCUCGAACGGGACGUCGAGGCCUAGCCAUAAUGGUGCUUCCACUGCUGAAACCACGACAUCCUCGGCUAACGGCAUAUACAAAGCGGCGAUAGCGACAAAUGGCUCCUCAGUUGUCUCUCGUUUGGCCUCCUCCUCAUACCAUGGCCAUGACAGGGAGGAGGUCACUCGCAUCCUCAUACAGACCUUGGCGGACAUGGGAUAUCAGUCCGCUGCCGAGUCUUUGAGUCACGACAGCGGCUUUCAGCUUGAGAGCAAAACUGUUGGAAGCUUUCGAACUGCUAUCAUUGAUGGGGUGUGGGAUGUGGCCGAAGAACUCCUCUCUGGGGCUGCUGCCUCCGGUGACAGGGGCCAGCAGGGGAAUGGUUUGGUUCUUGCUUCAGGAUCCAACCCAAGCCUCAUGCGAUUUUGGAUACGACAACAGAAGUUCUUGGAAUUACUGGAAAGCAAGCACAUUAGUCAAGCUCUUGUGGUUCUGAGGACGGAGCUUACGCCAUUAUACCAGGACACCCAGAAGCUCCACAUGUUGUCUAGUCUACUCAUGUGCACGUCGACCGAAGAUCUGCGGUCUAAAUCCGGCUGGGACGGCUCACGGGGUAAUUCAAGACGUGAGCUGCUUUCAGAACUAUCCAUUAUGAUUUGGGAAGUCCCCUCUUUCAACGUUGUCCGGACACUAGGGGACCAUGUCGAUGGCUGCGCGAAUCUGGCAUGGAGUCCGGAUGACUCCAUGAUAGUAACAUGCGGUCGAGAUAAGCAUGCACGGCUGUGGGAUACCAAGUCCGGCCACCUCCUAAAGAAGAUUGGCCGCCUCGCAGAGCCUGUCAGCGGGUGCGUCUGGGCGCCGGACGGCCAAAGCUUCGUGGUCAGUUCACUGGACAAGGAGCACAGUAUACAGUCCUGGAGCGUAGACGGAGAGCUCAUAUGCGACUGGGCAAAGAAGCACAGGGUCCAAGAUGUCUGUGGUUCCGCCGACGGCCACUGGCUGGUCGCCGUAGACGACUCGCAGUCGAUUCAUAUCUACAACGCUGUGACGCGAAAGCUUGAAUGCACUAUGAAGCUCGAUUCUAGGCCAACCUCGGUUAGCAUCAGUGUGGAUUCGAGGCAUCUGCUGGUCAACAAACAAAACGACGAGGCGCAGCUGAUCGAUCUGAUCGCUCGGAAACCUGUACAGAAAUUCAUCGGACACACAGGCGGCACCUGUUUGAUUCGGAGUGCUUUUGGUGGUGCGAACGAGAGUUUCGUCGUCAGCGGCAGCGAAGACGGCAGCAUACUUAUCUGGCACAAGAACAGCGGAGUGGCCGUGGAAAGGCUGCAGGGCCACUCUCCUCGGACAAAUGCUGUUGUGUGCGACAGAUCCGUGCAUGAUUGCGUCCUGUGA